GCUUGCUCAACUACCAUUCACGUUUUUAACUUAUUUAUAACCAUACUAUAACGAUGGCAGACGAGUCUAUGCUGAUCGAGCGCAUUAAAAACGUCUCUUUGGAUGGACCACUGGGUAAACUCAAUGAAUCGCAAAGAUUAACUGUCGAUAAGCUACAACGUCUUCAGAAAUCCCGCGAUGAAUUGGAUGUUGCAUACAACAAGGAACUAAAUGAAUUACGCGCAAAGUACGACAAUCUAUUCAAACCACUCUACGACGAACGUGAGAAAGUACUUACCACACCAUGCGGAACCGAAAAGGGCACACCUUCACUACCGAAAUUCUGGUUAACGGCCAUGAAAAAUAACAACACAUUGAGGUCAAUCAUUGAAUUCCGCGAUGAAGCAGUAUUGGCAUACCUAUCCGAUGUAAAGGCGGAAUUCCUAGAACCCCUGAAGCAGGAAUCGUUCCGUAUCAUCAUGACUUUCGACGAAAACCCAUAUUUCUCUAACAAGGUACUUACUAAACAGUACACAAUGAAGGUGAUUGACGGCGAAGUGGAGGCACUGCUACAAGGUACGGAAGCAACCGAAAUCAACUGGUACCCGGACAAAGAUGUCACUAGACAAACAGUUACCAAGAUACAACGCCACAAACGCACCAAAGAAACACGAACCAAGACCGAAGUCGAAGAUCAGCCCAGCUUCUUCCGCUUCUUCACCACCCAGGAAGUGCCAUCUAACGAGGCAUUGUCCAGGAUGACGAAGCAGGAGAUCGCAGAGCUUGAAAUGUAUGUUGAAGAAGAUUACGACAUUGGCAUUGUCAUUAGGGAUAAGCUGAUCCCAGAAGCCAUCUACUGGUACCUAGGUAUUGCCGAAGAUGAGGACAUGGAUGAAGAUGACGAUGAGGAAGACGAUGAUGCAGAGAGUUACGAUAACUCUGACUCCAAUUUUUCAGAAUCUAAUUGAAAUUUUUUAAAAAAAACAAUUUUGUCGCGUCACCCCCAGUAACCACCGGGCACAAAGUCACGCCCC